CGGGGUCGGCGGGCCUUGCGUACUGCCUGCGCGGGGUCGGGAGUUGGGGGCCGGGGGUCGCGCAGUCCGGGCGAGCCCUCCGCCCUGCUUCUCCUCCCGUCUGGGUUCCUGUCCCGCCGCUUGCGUGCCCUCCCCGAGCUCAGGGUGGUGAGCUGCGCAGACCUGUGGUAACUAGUUAACUAAUUCAACAAACGGACCCUUCUGUGUGUCAGAAACUGCAAGGAGUUGCUAGCCCAGUGAGGCAGACGGAUUGAAGACUGGUAAAGUCCCGGUCCAAAACAGUGUGUGGCUGUCACUGAAUGCCGUGCAGACACUGUUCUCUGUGACCAUGAAGCGCUGGGUGUCCACAUUGCUGGUGGCCUGGUUUGGUGUCCUGGGCUGUGUGCAGGCUGAAUUCUUCACUUCUAUUGGGCACAUGACCGACCUAAUUUAUGCAGAGAAGGACCUGGUGCAGUCUUUGAAGGAGUACAUCCUUGUGGAGGAAGCCAAGCUCUCCAAGAUUAAGAGCUGGGCCAACAAAAUGGAAGCCUUGACCAGCAAGUCAGCUGCUGACCCUGAAGGUUACCUGGCCCACCCCGUGAAUGCCUAUAAACUGGUGAAACGGCUGAACACAGACUGGCCUGCGCUGGAGGACCUGGUCCUGCAGGACUCGGCCGCAGGUUUUAUUGCCAACCUCUCUGUGCAGCGGCAGUUCUUCCCCACUGAAGAGGACGAGAUGGGAGCCGCCAAGGCCCUGAUGAGACUUCAGGACACAUACAAGCUGGACCCAGACACGAUUUCCAAAGGGCAACUUCCAGGAACCAAGUACCAGGCCAUGCUGAGUGUGGAUGACUGCUUUGGGAUGGGCCGCUCGGCUUACAAUGAAGGCGACUAUUACCACACUGUCCUGUGGAUGGAGCAGGUGCUGAAGCAGCUCGAUGCUGGGGAGGAGGCCACCAUAGCCAAGGCCGAGGUGCUGGACUACCUGAGCUAUGCUGUCUUCCAGCUGGGUGACCUGCACCGUGCCCUGGAGCUCACCCGCCGCCUGCUUUCUCUUGACCCGAGCCACGAACGAGCUGGAGGGAAUCUGCGGUACUUUGAACGGUUGUUGGAGGAAGAAAGAGAAAAAAUGUUAUCAAAUCAAACAGAAGCUGGGCUAGCCACACAGGAAGGCAUCUAUGAGAGGCCUGUGGACUACCUGCCUGAGAGGGACAUCUAUGAGAGCCUCUGUCGUGGGGAGGGUGUCAAACUGACUCCCCGGAGGCAGAAGAGGCUUUUCUGUAGGUACCACCAUGGCAACAGGACGCCACAGCUCCUCAUCGCCCCCUUCAAAGAGGAGGAUGAGUGGGACAGCCCGCAUAUCGUCAGAUACUACGAUGUCAUGUCUGACGAGGAAAUCGAGAGGAUCAAGGAGAUUGCGAAACCCAAACUUGCACGAGCCACUGUUCGUGAUCCCAAGACAGGCGUCCUCACUGUUGCCAGCUACAGGGUUUCCAAAAGCUCGUGGCUGGAGGAGGACGAUGACCCUGUUGUGGCUCGAGUGAACCUUCGGAUGCAGCACAUCACAGGCCUCACAGUAAAGACUGCAGAACUGCUGCAGGUUGCUAAUUAUGGAAUGGGAGGACAAUACGAGCCACAUUUUGACUUCUCUAGGAAAAAUGAGCAAGAUGCUUUCAAGCGUUUAGGGACGGGGAAUCGUGUGGCCACGUUCUUAAACUACAUGAGUGAUGUAGAAGCUGGUGGUGCCACUGUUUUUCCUGAUCUGGGGGCUGCGAUUUGGCCUAAGAAGGGCACAGCCGUAUUCUGGUACAACCUCCUGCGCAGCGGGGAAGGUGACUACCGUACGAGACAUGCUGCCUGUCCCGUGCUUGUGGGCUGCAAGUGGGUCUCCAAUAAGUGGUUCCAUGAACGAGGACAGGAAUUCUUGAGGCCAUGUGGAUCAACAGAAGUUGACUGACUUCCUUUUCUGCCCCUCCCCUUCCUGGCCCUACAGCCCAUGUCGUCUUCAAGUUCAACAUGACAGACACCUUUGUAUGUUCCAGGCCCUGUCACUUGGGUCUUGGUUGGAGUGAAUGUUUGUCUGGAGCAAAGGGAGAGCCGACUGGGGAGGGUCCUGGGUGACCUGGGUCCCGACCUCUCUGGCCAGCUUGUGCCACUUCUGGCCACAAAGGUUGGUUCAGGGUGGCUGCAGCAGAGUCAGGCUGUCUAGCACCUAGCAAGGUGCCUUUGUACCUCAGAUGUUUUAGGUGUGAGGUGUUUCAGUGAACCAAAGUUCUGAUACCUUGUUUACAUGUUUGUUUUUAUGGCAUUUCUAUCAUUGUGGCUUUAACCAAAAAAUAAAGUGUCCCUGCCGGAAGCCUUAAAGAGCC